AUUUACAAACAAUUAAAAAAGAUGAAUUAUUCACCUACACAGGAAGCACCCAUGAACCUAUUGACUAGUUCUUUCGUACCUGAUAUACAAGUAGAAGCUGAACCGUACCAUCUGCAUUAUGGUUCAGACAGCGGAUUGCCGUAUGGUUCAGAUAGUGGACUACAGUACGGCUCAGAUAGUGGAUUUCAGUACGGCUCAGACAGUGGAUCACACUAUGGCUCAGACAAUGGAUUACCGUACAGUUCAAACAAUGGAUUACCGUACGGCAUAGGAUUACCGUACACGAACAAUGGGUUUCCCUAUAGCGCCGAUGCCUUGGCAAGCCAAGCCUUUUUAAAUAACAAUCCGCUACCUUCACCCCAAUUUGACAUGACAAACAAUUAUGAGUUUAUUUCUCAUUCACCGGGAUCUUCUUCAUCCAAUGAUUCGAAUCUCGUAGUAUCUCCACCACAACCACAGCAGCAACCACAACCACAACCACAACCGCAGCAGCAGCAACCGCAGCAGCAAUAUACGUCGUUAAGGCGAUCCUCUUCUGUACCGCCUCACACGAAACCUUUUGUGAACAAAGGAAUGUAUAACCAAUUUCAGUUAAAGCACACGAUGCCAAGCAAACGGCCUUUACCUGUCAAGAUUCCACGUGUGUUACCACCUGCACAAACGCUACAUCAUCAUCAUCCUAAGGGAGGCAUAACAGAGGCCCAGAGACGACAAUUGGACGAGAAGUUGGAGCGAGUGAAUUUUGAUGAUAUCACGGUAGCUGAAUUGAAAGAGAUGUUACGAGAGCGAGGGUUAUCUGCUACGGGGCGUAAAGCGGAAUUGUUAAGACGAUUAAAGAAUGAAUAUGAAGGACUGAAGCGAGGUUCACCUAUUCAUCGACGCGUGGCCAAUUUAAAUUUGGCAGAUACACGGAGGUCCUUUCAACCGUAUUCACCGCCGAUGUAUGCUUCUUCACUGCCUGAUUCUCAUACCCCAUAUCUUAAUGAUCAGUAUAUGAAGCCAUCCUUUUCACGAGAACCACAGGAAGAACAGUCUGGUGGUGGCAUGGAUGUAUGGGAUGAUCAACGACUUCAGGACUUUUUAAACCAAAUCUAAAAAAAUGUACAUGUAAUUAAAAUUUUUUUAAAAAAAAAAA